GGCUAUGCUGAAAGUAGCCUGGGAGAAGAUAUGCGCCGAUCGAUACGCUGACUUCACCUAUAGGAUGAGAAGAAGCGGUAAGAAACAACGGUGCGUGUCUCAGGAGAUAUGGGAGAGCUGGCAAAAGGCUUGGGAGGAUCCUGCAUUCAAGAGAAAGCGGGAGAUGUUUGCACAAAACAGGCGCAGUGAGACUGGCGGGGAUGGAGCAGGACCUUCGCGACACACAGGCGGAUCUAUAUCUGCUAUAGAGACAGCUCGAUUAUUAGCUAAAGAAUUAGGUCGUGAGCCCACACCGAUCGAGAACUAUACUACAGCUUCGGGAGCCGUAUUGUUACGUUCUCAGACCGAUGAAUCUGAAGCUGAGUCAAGAAUUGACGAGGUACCGCUUAUCUCGAGGCUGGUGAGGGGCGAGAAGAAGAGAAAGGGUAUACGGCAUCGGGUUCAGGCGUUCACAGUUUUACACUGGACUCAGCAGCUCACGCUGUCUACAGCCAGUGCAGCACGACACCUGAGCAUAGUGGCUCGCACUGUGGAUGACGAUAUACGGGCUCAGCUUGCUGAUCAGCAGAGACGAUUGCAAGAGCUUUAG